AUGGCCCCCGUGCUGGACUGCACAGUGUACCACUGGGUGGAGAUGCGGACCAAGAUGAGCAUCAUGGGCUUCAAGGCCGAGGCCGUGAAGCCACUGAACGAGGAGGCGGCCGCCGAGCUGGGCGCCGAGCUGCUGGGUGAGGCCACCAUCUUCAUCGUGGCCUGCAGCUGCCUGCUGCUGGAGUAUUGGCGCCAGCAGGCGCAGCGGCGCCGCAAGAAAGUUGAGCGGCUGGCGGCCUGGGACGCGCUGCAGGACGAGGUGGGCCACCUGGCGCUGGCGCUGGAGGCGCUGCAGGCGCAGGUGCAGGCGGUGCCGCCGCAGAGCGCGCUGGACGAGCUGCGCGCGCAGGUGCAGGAGGUGCGCGCCCAGCUCUGCGCCCCCGACCUGCAGCCCGCACCCCAGGAGUAG